AUGAGACGACCUCUUUGUGUAUCUGGCCACCACUUUUCCCCAGAAAAUGAGGCUAUUCUCUGGACACAUGCGAUGGCGCGUAAUUAUUUAACAGAAGUGUGGGUGCCUGAGACGCUUGUGGCCCGGCUGCAGCUGCAACCGGCUGACACGAACAGUAACCUUCCUGUCGGCAUUAACGCAGCGAAUGGUCGACGGUUUUUCUAUAAUCUAUCACAACUGAGUUGCACAUACAAGGAAUUACAAAUGAAAAUGUUGGGGAAUGUUGCAACAAUUUAUUCCAACACGACAAGUUAUGAAACAAGAAAUGAUACACAUCCUCUAAAUACCAACGGAGAGUUAUUUCCUCACACUUUCACAGAAGAAGUCGUAACCCGUUUUGGACCUCAAGGCAAAGAAGGACAAAGCCGUUAUUGGGCCACAAUAGAAGAGGCAGAACACAUUUUUGGUGUUCCAUUUGAACCAUCAUUCUUAACAAAAGCGAAUGGUGUGACUUUAUACAGAGAUGAAGUUAGCCCGCGAGCAGUUUACUACAACGUUUGUGGAACCAAACGCCCAGAAAUGUUCAACACCAUGACAUGCUGUCGAUAUGCUCCUAUUAAUUUCUACGGACAGAAAUAUUCUCCCACGGUAGCGACACAACUGAAAGCCAAUGCAAUUCUGCACGGUUGCAUUAAUAGUACCAUGUGGAUUACUACACAGAGAGCGAUACGCAGUGGUGUUGGCAUACGUCAAGGGGUAAAACCAAUAACUUUUUGCUUUGGUGACAUUUUUCAUCUUAUAAACGUUGCUAUGACAAAUCAUCCGGCUCGCUUACUCGAACAAGCAUUAACAAGGACACCACACGUAACGGAAAAUGAUACCUUCCUCACAAUAUCUGAAUAA